CCAGGUGAGAUGGGAGAGCCAGUGAACAUAGUUGAGGCAGAGCUGAGUGAGAACGACAAGAUGAAGUCAAAAAUUGCCUGGCAGCAAAACGCAUUCAAUGGAUUUGCCAGCGAUAAGAUAUCUCUGCAUAGAUCUCUUAAAGACGUCAGAGAUCAGCUAUGCAGAAGAGAAGACUACAGAGAGGUGCAUUUAAGUACCUCAGUCAUUAUAAUCUUUCACAAUGAAGAUUGGAAGGUUCUUCUGAGGACCGUUCACAGUGUUCUCGAUCGUUCACCACCCCACCUGAUUAAGGAGAUUAUAUUGGUUGAUGAUUUCUCUGACAGAGACCACUUGAAGGCCCAGUUGGAUCAGUACAUGGCUAAAUUAGGGAAGGUCAAAAUAUUAAGAGCUCCGGCCAGAGAAGGCCUGAUAAGAGCCAGGCUGCUGGGGGCUGCUGUAGCCACUGGGGAUGUUCUGACAUUCCUUGAUUCACAUUGCGAAUGUACCAAGGGCUGGCUAGAGCCCCUAUUGCAACGGAUCCAAGCGAACGAAUCAAACGUCGUCACCCCUGUCAUUGACGUCAUCGACGAGAACACCUUCCAGUACCUGUACGGGUCUGCCAGUAGCACCAACUUAGGGGGGUUCGACUGGGGCCUGCAGUUUACCUGGCACGCCAUCCCUUCUGAGGUAGCUCUGAAGAGGAAGAAUGAUAUCGAACCUCUCAAGAGUCCAACAAUGGCAGGUGGGUUGUUUGCAAUCAGUAGGAAGUACUUUGAGCACAUUGGUCGGUACGAUUCUGGCAUGGAGGUGUGGGGAGGGGAGAAUCUUGAAAUGUCUUUCAGGAUCUGGAUGUGUGGAGGUAGUCUUGAAAUCAUCCAGUGCUCCCACGUGGGUCACGUGUUUCGAAAGAGAAGUCCUUAUUCGUGGACAGUUGGCGAUGCCCUGAGGAGGAAUUCUGUGAGGACUGCCCUCGUCUGGAUGGACGAUUACAAGGACCUCUACUUCAAGAAGACUUCCACACAUCUCGGCAGCUAUGGCGACAUCUCGGGCAGGGUGGCCCUGCGAGAGAAACUCCAGUGCAAGUCCUUCAAAUGGUACCUGGACAAUGUAUACCCCGAUCAAUUCGUCCCUACCGACUGCCUGGCCAUGGGGCCUAUAUCGUCAGCCGAGCACAAGCUAUGUCUGAAAGCCUCAUUCACAAAGGCAUCGGACAACACGGAAGUCUUCCCAAAAUCGUGCAAAGCCUAUAGGCCUCAUACUGAAUGGUACCUAACAAAGAGGAACGAAAUAUACACGGACGAGAAUGACGGGGCGUGUCUAGAUUACGCCAGCAAUGGAGUACGUGUGUACCCCUGCCACGGAAUGAAGGGCAAUCAGGAGUGGUCCUACACGAAGGAUGGCUUAAUUGUACACGUCAUCACCGGCAAAUGCCUUACGCUGUCCAGCUCGCAUUCGAACCUGGUGAUGGAGCCGUGCGUUGCAUCUCCUCUACAGAUAUGGUCAUGGGAGAGGAACAAGAGACUACUGAACGCAGCUUCUUAG